UUCAUUGGUCUGCUAGGGAGAAUAUUUCACUUCGUGCAAGCAGAUGUCCGCGAGAAAACCAACAAGUUACUCGAUCUCCGUGAAAAGAAUCCGGAUUCUUACCGUAGCGUGAAGUCGAUGGUUACGUUCGAGAACGAGCAACGACACUAUCCUGGGUCGAAAGCGCUUCUUGGCCUACACAGAGCACUGGAGUUCAUCGCUGCGUUCAUCGCAGCUCUUGCUGAAAGCAGCAAUGAAGAUAGCGUCGCCUCAAUAUGUCGCAAAAGCUACGAGGGCACGCUGUCCAGGUAUGUCUUU